GAACAGCCCAGUCUGAGGUGAGACAUGAAAUAGUGGAGGGCAGGAAGCUCAUUGUGGUGGACGCUCCAGGAUGGAACAGCUCUCUUUCUCUCAAAGAUAUCCCAGAAGGGGACAAGCAACGGUUUAAACUGAACCCAUCCAGGUGUCCGCCCGGACCACAGGUUUUUCUCCUUAUAAUCCCGAUAGAUUCAGCUUUCUCUGUGGCGCAGAAGAGGAUCGUGGAGGAGCACAUGAAGCUCCUGGGGGAGCGGGUGUGGAGAUACACCGUGGUGCUGUUCACCUGUGGGGAUUACCUUGGAGGGAAGACGAUAGAGCAGCACAUAGAGAGCGAGGGAGAUGCACUCAAGUGGUUAAUAGAAAGGUGCAAGAACAGGUACCACGUGAUUAAUAACAAGGAAAAAAGCAACUCAUCUCAGGUCACACUGCUGCUGCAGAAGAUAGAUGAAAUUGUCAGUGACAACAAUGGCUCCUACUAUGAGGUAGAUGAACAGACUUUGACCAUCAUUGAAAAGAAGCAACGAGAGGUGGCUGAAAGGGCGGAGAAGAGACGGAGGAGGGCUGAGGAACAAAGACAACAAAUGACAACACUCAUUCCAGAAGAGAUGAAACCUCCAACACUCAAGAUGAUUCUCUUGGGAAGCCGCAACGUUGGGAAAACCUCGGUGGUGAACACCAUCUUGGGAAUCAAAGAGCAAGAAGACGGGAAAAGGACGGCACGCUCAGUGAUCCGGCAGGGUUCUGUUGGUAAAACUGAAAUAACUCUUGUGGACACACCGGGUUGGUGGAAAGGUUUCCCUGCCUUUGACACUCCUGAGGCAAUCAAAGAGGAACUGGUGCGCAGCAUGUUUCUCUGCCCCCCUGGGCCCCACGUCUUCCUGGUGGUGAUAGAUGCAGAUGCAUCCUUCAAUGCCAAACACUUAGACGCCUUGACAACACACGUGGAGCUUCUCGGGGAAGGAGUGUGGAGACACUCUAUAGUAGUUUUCACCAGAGGAGACUGGCUGGGAUCACGAUCCAUAGAGGAGUACAUCGAAGGGGAGGGAGAGGCCUUACAGUCUCUGGUUGAACAAUGUGGAAACAGAUAUCACGUCAUUGAUAACAAGAAUACUGACAGUGGUACUCAAAUCACAGAGCUGCUGGAGAAAAUCACUGCGACUGUCGUGGGAAAUAGUUGGGGCCAUUUUGUCCCUGAUGAGCAGAAAUUUAAGACUAUUGAAGACAGAAGAAGAAGAGUGGAGGAAAGAGCAAGACUCAGGGAAAGUCAAGUCAUGGCCAAAAGAAAAACCUUCAGAGGUCCCAGACACCAGUUACAGGAGCUGAGGAUAGUGAUGAUUGGUCAGAAGACGUCUGGAAAGACUGCAACAGGAAAUACCCUCCUGCAUAAAGAAGUGUUUCCCACCUGUCAGACUGAAAACUGUCAAGUGGAUCAAGGGGAAGUUGCUGGCAGGAGGAUCACAGUGAUCGACACCCCGGGCUGGUGGGGUGAGUCCUCCCGCUGCACUGAAGACACUGACAAAGAAAUUGCCAGAGGUCUUUCACUGAGCCCAUUAGGGGUUCAUGCUGUUCUGCUGGUCAUUCCCUUGGACCUGGCCUUCAGCAAGGUUCAGAAGAUCGCUCUGGAGGAACACAUGAACCUUUUCGAUGCCAGUGUCUGGAAACACACAAUGGUCCUGUUUACAUAUGGAGACAAGCUGGCAGAUAAAUCUGUAGAGGAGCACAUUGAGAGGGAGCCUGGUGCUCUAUACUGGUUGGUAGACAAGUGUGAGAACAAGUACCAUGUCAUGAACAAUAUGAAGAAAGCUAAUAUGAGUCAGGUCACCGAGCUGUUUGAGAAGAUAGAGGAAAUGGUGGCAGGGAACAAUGGCCGACUCUUCUGCCCCAACAUGAGGGACGUCCACCUGAGAAUUGACGAUAAGUUCAAGAGGAGGCAGGUCAAACACGUGCUGAGGCAACGACUGGAGAAGGAGUACAGGAGGAGAGAGCUGGAGCUGAUGCUGGGCUUCAAGGAAAAACUGCUUGAGCUGCAAGCUGAGAUCAGGGGAAGUGAGACCAGCACUAAACCCAAGUCACUGAUUGGUGACACAAACAAAUUAAAAAUCCGGGGUAUUGGUCAGAGGAAGACGGAUGGAAAGGAGAAGGAGGAAAUCAUAGAUGCGAAAAUCAGCCAGGAAAUUGAAAACCUGGAUAAAAGCAUACUGAGAUCCACAGUUGAGCUUCGGAGCAGCAUGGUCGGGUUGUUUCCUGACUUGAGAGGAGAAAGUCCAGCACCGUCUGUUGCUGAGUCUUUACCAGGCAAGAGGAACUCCAACAGCAACUUUGACAAAGUCCUGGGUUGGCUGUCGACACUCCAGAUCAGCACAGAUGUAGAGAACAACCUGACCCUCAACUUUUCUCAGACGUCAGACUAUGGAUCUGUGCUACCACAUGACGACUUGGACCUCCACGCGGAGGCUGAUAUUCUUCAAUGA